AUGGCCAAGAGGCGCGCGGCGGAGCCGUUGGCAUUCCACGUGCCCUGGAAGCGGCUCCUGCCCUGCGGCCGCCUGGACGACUCCGAGCCGCCGUGGGCGCCGCCGGGGCUAGGGCCGCGGCUGCCGGUGAACGGCUCCGAGCUGCGCCGCAAACGGAAGCGGGAGGACGGGACCAUGGCGGAGCUCCUGGCCUCGCCCAGCAAGCGCUCCGGCGACGCCGCGGGCCCCAGCGGCCCGGCCCCCGGGGACGGGGCCCGCAUGGACACUGGGGAGCCCAAGCCGCCGGCCGAGCUACGCGGCCACACCUCGGACCCCGGGCCGCAGCCGCUGCUCCGGCCCCGCGCCUCGGAGCCCGAGCGGGGCGCCGGAGAGGAGGUCCCGCGGCCCACGGGCGCCAGGCCCCCAGAGGAGGAGCUCAUUGAAGAAUUUUGGCAAUAUAAUACAUUCCAGUAUUGGAGAAAUCCUUUACCUUCCAUUGAUCUGUCAGAAAUUGAGAAACUAACUGAAGCAAGUCUCACCAGCAAGGAUGAAGGUGUUGAAAUUGACAUGGAAUCUUGACAUAUGGAUCUGCUACAGAUGGAAUAAUGGUGAUAGGUUUCAUUUAAGGAUACUCAGCUUUAUCUGAAUCUGCUUGCUUCUCUUCAGAAAAACCAAUGUUUCAGAUGAUUUGAAGUAUAACCUUCUCCAUCUGGAAAAAAUGAGGGAAGGACUUUUUACAGAAAAAAUGCCAAAACUGUUGGCAUGUCUGAAAGGGAUUUUUCAUGGGUAGUCAAGGACAAAGUACAGUUAUAACAGAAGUAUUUUAAAACAUGGAUGCUUGAAGAAGAAAAUAUGUUCAAACUUUAAACCUGAGUUUAUCUCUAGCCCGUUUCUGGCACUAUUAGAGGUGACUGAGAACUGUUUGAAUAUUAAACCAAAAAAGGUUUAGUUGUGGUGCAUGAAAUUAAGAAGUUUUAUAACAAAUGCUGGUGAUAGUAAAUAAUAUAUUAAUACAUUUUGUUACCUGUGUUCUUAGUUGAACCAAAAAAGCUGUUACAACAUCUAUGCAAGCUAGAAAGGUGACUCUGUCAGGGUGUUCUCUCUUUCUGAGAACUAAUGAUGUCUUUAAAGAACACUUUCCUUAUGCUGUGUAAUAUAAAGUAAUGGACAUUUCAAUAAGCACUCUUUGCAUUUGUGCUUGUACAGCUAUCAGUAUAAUUUGACUUAUGUUGAGUUGUGCCAAAAUGUCCAAUCAGCGAUGGAUGUGGAGCGAUGGGAAAUAAUCAGGGGCUCCUUUUCCCCAUGGAUUAAGGGGAAAGAAAUUUUAUGAUACAAUCAGUUUGGUUGGUUUAGUUAUUUUUUUUAAACUAAUGAAGUUUUUUCUUUUUUAAAUGAUAAGAAACUUGUCAUAGGUGGACCAAUGUAUAAUUGCUUUGGCUUUAUCAUCUUAUGAUGUAUUAUGACCAAGUUUUAAAGUUUGUUGUUUAUUACUGUUGCAUUAUGGUAACCUUUAUAAAGCCACUGCUAAAGAAAAAUAAAGUUUCUAUUGUGUGUUUAAGUUA